CCCCCUCCCCGCACUCUCAGGUGCAGCCAAGCUGAUCGUCAGGGGCGCGUGUAGGAAUUCUGGUACUAUCGGGGUUACCAGCUGCUACAUAUCCGGGGGCACCUUGCCCAUAUUCACCUCCCCCUCGUCCGGCCCCACCGGGGGGAUGCUAACUCUGGUCAACCUCAUCUUUCAGGAGUCGAGAGGAGGCAUCUUUCUCAACGUUCGGACAGCGAUCAACAUGACUCGAUGCGACUUCGUCGACAACACGGCUCCUCGCUUUAGCGCAGCGGUUCUCAGUGACACCUUCCCUGCAACAGUCACACCUCCCAGUCGCUUCUUCACACUAUGCAACUUCCGCAACAACACAGUGGCAAUCAACAUCAAUUGGGGGAACUCCCAGGGGAACGUGCCUGCUAUGACCUUUGUGAACUGUGUCUUCCGGAACAACCGUGUGCCAUGGAGCAUGGGAGGGGUGAUCUCGGUGGCAGGAACUGGCAAUCUUCGGUUCAAGUGGUGUUCGUUUGAUGGGAAUAGCGCUGCUUCGGGUGGGGGUGCCAUCUUCUCUAGUGGAGCCUCCCUUUACUUCCAAGGAGUCAGCUUCUACAACAACAGGGCCCUCAACGUGUCAAAUAUGUGUGGCGCUGGCGGCGCAGUCUACGCCUAUGCAGGGAGCAGCAGCCCGGCGACUCUCCUCUUCUGCUCCGUUGCUUUCUCGGCCAACCCUGCUUUCUCCGCUCUUCCUCCCUCCCCAAACACCCUGAUUUCUCCUCUCUUCCUCCCUCCCCAACCACCCUGCUUUCUCCUCUCUCUUCCCUUCCCAACCACCCUGCUUUCUCCUAUUUUCCUCACUUCCCAACCACCCUGCUUUCGCCUCUCUCUUCCCUCCCCGCCCACCCUGAUUUCUCCUCUUGACCUCCCCAUGUUCCCUGGUUUUUUCCUAUUGUCCUCCCUCCCCACACUCCCUCAUUCUUCCUCCAUGCAGACCUGCGCUUGA